AUGCCCAUCACAGGCGUCUUCUUCAUCCCCUCAAACCCCAACUCCUCCACCAUCCUCUCUACAAUCUCAGAACGUCUGCACACCGUCCUCUCCGAUGAACCCAUCCCCGUAGGCCGCUGGGCACUCGAGCACAAACUCAUGCGCGACACACCAUCUUGUCUACCAGCAUCUGCAUCUCAGCGACCCGCGCAGCCGCGAUGGAUGCAGUUUCUGUCGUUGUCGUAUUAUCCGUUUCAUGGGUUUGUCUAUGCGUCGGAGGCGGAUAAGUCCCAAUUCGGCCAUGCGGCACAGGUACAACCACAGCCACAAGCACCGGGACAACCGCAACUGCAACCGCAAGCACAAGCACCAGGGACCGCAUCAGUACAACCCCAACCACAACAAAUCCAAUCAACCUCAGGUACAGACACGAGUACAAACAGCGGAAUGAUAAUGACAACAAUCCCCCUCCCCUCCUCUGCAACCCUCUUCCAACACUUUGUCUACGCCUGCCAACCCUUCUGGUGCCACCGGCACACCCACGCCGUCCCUGGCGGCAUGGUCUACGACAUCGGUGACUUCCGCGUGCGCAUUGGCGACGUGCGCCAGACGCAGCCCGUCGCGAGAGUUCGGGGGACUGUUGUUGAGGUUGAGUGGAGGGGUCCUUCGUUGUUUGAUUCGUUGGUGCUGAAUCAUUCUGUGGCUGAAACGCAGGGUGGAGAUGGGGAAGAUGAUGAUUCUGGAAUCGAUGUGGGACUGGGGUCGAUUGAGGAGGAGGAUGUUGAUGCUGAGUUUGCGGCGACGGCGGGGUUGAUUAGGGAGUUUUGGGGGAGGUUGGGGGUUGAGGGGGCUAGGGAGGCGAUUUUGGUGCCGGAUGUUGGGAAAGAGGUUAAGGAGAGAUUGAGGAGGUUGAAGGCUCAGUUGCAGGAGGGUAAGAAGGAUGUCGGUGGUCGUGGGGAUGGGGAGGGUAAUGGACAGUUGUUGGAUGAGGAUCCUGAUCCGCAGGCUGGUGUGGAUAUUGCGAGGCAGUUUAUGGAGAUCUUCAGGUUUAGUCGGUGA